AUGCUGAACUUUUGUCAAAAGUCCAUUUGUCUCAUUUUCGUUUUAAACUUCAUCAGCGUAUUUGGUUAUGGUCUAAAAUGCUUCCAUUGUUCAUAUAAUUUUCACACAAGCGAUGAAAACAUAAAAAACAAGGACCAAGGUCCUCAAACCAUCGACUGCGACCACCCUUCGCAGAUCCAGUGCGAAGCCAUGGUCAGCAACUGCAUCAAAAUAAUUGACAAAUAUGCAAUGUUGCAAACCUGUUUUUCUCUUAACGACCCGAAUGCCCGACAUUAUUUCAACAGGUGCGAUCACGUAAGGAAAAUCAAUCCGGAGAACUGCAAGAUCUGCAAAACUAAAUUGUGCAAUUCUGACACUAGGCUCCCGAUAAGUGCCACUUUACCGCUCUUGUGUGUUAUUGCAUUAUUUCUGGGGUAAUAAAACUGUUAUAUUUU